AUGGGAAAUGACUCCGCCUUGAUUGAUAACUUACUGCACCGGCUAUCCACUACCUUCAAAAUUCGUGACCCUGGCACUCCGGGAUUCUUUCUUGGUAUUGAAACACUGAAGAUUGGCAGUGGACUCAUGCUGUCUCAACGUCGCUACAUGAAAGAUCUCCUGAACCGGGCUGGUAUGACGGAUUGUAAACCUCUGGCCACUCCAGCUGCUGUCACUCAGGCCGUCACACCGUCCACGCAACCAUAUGAGAAUCCCACUCACUACAGGCGUCUAGUCGAGGCCUUACAAUACUUAACCAUCACACGGCCGGACCUUUCUUAUGCAGUUAAUCGUCUGUGUCAGUUCAUGCACUCUCCGGUUGAUGAUCAUUGGGCACUACUGAAAGGAGUUUUACAGUACAUUAAAGGGACACUCGACUACGGGUUAUGUCUAUCGGCUUCGCCCUCGACUGCGGUUCAUGCCUUCUCUGAUUCAGACUGGGCUGGGUGUCCGGUACACAGGAAGAGUACUAGUGGGUACGCCGUCUUUUUGGGCUCUAAUCUAAUCUCAUGGCUCUCCAGGAAACAGUGCACUAUCGCCCGCACUUCGACUGAAGCCGAGUAUAAGACACUUGCAGAUGUCUCAGCAAAAGUCACGUGGGUUGUCUCUUUACUCCGCGAGCUUGGGUUGCAUUCUGGGGAUCCAGCGACUCUGUGGUGUGACAAUCUCGGCGCCAUUUAUCUAUGCGCCAACCUAGUUUUUCACACCAGGACCAAGUAUGUAGAGAUUGAUUUUCACUUUGUUCGGGACAAAGUUGCUUCGGGUGACUUCGUGGUGAACUUUGUGUCUACUAAAGAUCAGCUGGCGGAUGUCUUCACCAAACCCCUACCGGGGCCAAGAUUUGCGGCGCUACGCGACAAGCUCAAUAUUGUCUCACACCCUUGUGCUUGA